CGCUUCAGCUUCACGCUAACCAGCUCGACUGGAGCAGCCGAGUCCUGCACGCUGACCUGCUGUAUCCUGCACAAACAGAGCUAACCCGCAAGGAGUAUAUCUACAAGAAAAUAAUCUUCUAUUUCGACAAAGGAAAGUGUUGGGAGGAAGGCAUUCCCCUCCUGGAAGAGCUUGCCAACCUCUACCGCCGACGACUGUUCGACUACCAUCGCCUGAGCGAAGUACUCGAGAUACAGGCUUCUUUCUACCAACAAAUACUCACCGGCAAGCGAUAUGAUAAUGAGUACUUCAGAGUCGGUUUCUACGGCAUGGGAUUGCCACUCUUUGUUCGGAACAAAGCGUUCAUUUACCGUGGACUCGAAUACGAACAAAUCGGCGCGUUCACUGAGCGCAUUCAGGGCGAAUUUCCACAAGCCAAGUUGCUGUCGUACAACAUGCCUCCUGACGACGCCACCAAGUCCUCUUCAGACCAGUUUAUUCAGAUCUGUGCGGUGAAGCCGGUGCCGGAGCCACGGCCGGAGUUCGAAGGCGUAGAGAUCGACGAGCGCGUCCUCAAGUACUACAACAACAACAACGUCUACAAGUUCAUCUACAACAGACCUAACGCUCGCGGCCAUACUGAUAAGGACAAUGAGUUCAAGAACCUGUGGAUCGAGCGCAUCACAUACACGAUCAGCUCGCCCCUGCCUGGCAUCCUGAAGUGGUUUGAAGUGGAGCACCAGAGCGUCGAGCAAAUCUGUCCCCCACAGAACGCGUGUGAGACUGUGCACAACCGCACCAAGGAGAUCAAGAACACCGUCAGCCACUACCGUGCUAACCCCAAGGACAACAUUCAACCGUUCACGAUGCUGCUGAAGGGAGCCAUUGAUGCAGCUGUGAAUGGUGGCAUCGCGAUGUAUUUGUCAGCAUUCUUCACCUCCGACUACCUCAGCGAGCACCCCGAGCAUGCGGGCUGGGUGGGCCAGCUUAAACUUCAUCUCGUCACACUCACGAACCUGCUGGAAACUGCGCUGGACCUGCACGGCAAGAUCGCCCCCAUAGACACCCUGCCGCUGCACCACAUGCUCAUCGACGUGUUCAAAGGCAUGCAGAACAAAGUGACUCGCCUUUGUUCGUCGACGCCCGUGUCGGCCUUAGCGCUCGCCUCCCUCCCUGCACAGCUUCAGCCUGGGCACCCCGUCACCCCUGCCCCACACCCACAGACGCGCAGACUCCGAUCCUGCCACUGAGUUCCGCAGGAUUGGCUCAAUUAUCAAGUUUGGCUGUGACUGUAAAGAAACCCAGGAAGAUGAACCUCACUUCAGCCUGCUGAUCGCUACACCUAAGGCAAACCACAGAAGCUCUUGGUCCCACACACAAGGAUGUAUGUGUACCACUACUGUUUCUUCCCGUCCAGCUUCUGAGCGUGGAGCACUGUGGCUCAAGGCUUGGCCCGUCCAGCUUCUGAGCGUGGAGCACUGUGGCUCAAGGUGCUGUCUGUGGUCGCCUCCACCUUUAUUGCCAUCGAAACAUCAGUGAAGCUGCUGUAAUGUAGACCGUUCUAUGCUUUGAACAAGCCGAAAUCUGUGAUGUUCUUAAAUCGUUUACACCGUCCCAGAGUAUGCAAGCGCUUCCCGGAAAGUUGACUUGCAAGAUUUUCCAUCGAGCUACCAUAUAGUUUCCGCAUAACCAUCAAGAAGCUAUUACUAACAUUUUUUGAGCAUUUAGGUUCUUCAUAUGCACAACUUAUUUUCGAGAAAACGAAACUGUUCUUAUAUGCGACUAACACUUCAUUUAUUAUGAUUCAAUGCAACUUAGUAAAAAGAUGUUCAUGUUACGAGGGUUGUGCAGUAACAUGACCUUUGGACAGUGGUAUCUCUACAAUUGGCUUGACCAGUUCGCUUUUAAACCUUGUGUGGUACGUUUUGUCAUCUUGAAACGUUUUCAUGCUGCAGUACGUGUAUAUCUCGCUGUGGGUCAUAAUAAAUAGUACCAAGUUAAAGACUUUUUAUUCA